AUGAGCUCCUCGCUCGAGGCAAAGAUAGUCGUGCUCGGCGCGCAGGGCGUUGGCAAAACCUCCCUCGUCCAGCGGUACGUCCGCAACUCCUUCGACCCCUCCACCACCACCUCCACCGUAGGCGCGUCCUUCGUUACCAAGCGCGUCCUCGACACCACCUCCGACACCACGGUGCGCCUCCAGAUCUGGGACACAGCCGGUCAGGAGCGUUUCCGCUCCAUAUCCCGCCUAUACUACCGCGGUGCGCACGCGUGCCUGCUAUGCUACGAUAUCACCGACGAUAACAGCUUCCAGGAGAUGGCUGGCUGGCUGCGCGAGCUGAGGCGCAAUAUCAGCGGCGACGGCGAUCCCGAUCCGCUGGUGAUUCAUGUCGUCGGCACGAAGAGCGAUAUUGUCGCCAUGGACCCGGGCAAGCGGCGCGUGCCGUUUGAGCGGACGAUCGCGUAUGUCGCGGAGCAGCUGUAUCCCAGUCUGGCGUCGACGCCGCCGCCCACAGCGAGCAUGGGCAUGGGGCUGACGCUUGGGUCUGGGAUGUUCGGGGGCAGUGCGACGAGUGCGUCGGGGGCUAGUGCGGCCGGCGCUAGUCCUGGGGUGCUGCAGAGUCCGGAUAGUAAACGGAGCUCUGCGUUUUGGGGCCAGGAGAUUGGGUGGGAUUGUUGUCAUGAGAUUAGUGCGAAGGAUGGGGAGGGUAUUGAUGAGGUGUUUCGCGUGAUUACGAGGAAGUUAGUUGAGCAGCGGAAUCGUCGGGAUGCGGAGCUGGUGCUUUCGGCCGCGGGGACGCCUGGACUGGCGGAUGCACCGAUCGGAUCGUUUACGCCGGGCAGCCUGGAUGGUACAGGCAGUUUCCGACUGGGGUAUGGGGAUAAGAGACGCAGCUGGCUGGGGCUGGCGGCGCCGACGGUAGGCGAGGCUGAGGAAGUGCAAGUCAUGCGGACCGCGAAGAGACGUGGGCGGUGCUGUUAA